AUGCUCCGGCCUAUUGCUGUCAUUCAGGAAACAUGGAGUAUAUACACGCCUGUCGAACGACGGAACAUCGCCAUGUACAUUGCUGGCAUAAUGAUGUACAAGUUCGGACUCGAGGCUUUCAACGGAUCUGUCAUUGCGCUCGCGACCAAUCGAUACGACGAACUUGGGGAGAGGACGCACACUUCCAUUACAUUUCAGCGUGUGGGUGUGUUGACGGGGCUUAACCAGGCUUUUCAGUGUGUUGGAUCCAUUCUAAUCGCACCACUCAUCAAGAGAUAUCCUACCAAGAACGUUCUGGCUUGCGCAGUGCUCAUAUUCGCCUUCAUGAGCAGUCUUUUACUCAUUCUGGAUGCUGCAACUGGUGGCAAGUUCGCACCACGCGGGUGGCCGGAGAAUGACUUUAGCUACUACGGUGACUACAACACGGACGCCAUGAUACCCAUUUAUUGCAUCUGUGGUAUAGUUUACGGCAUGGUCGAACUGAUCCGGCGAGUUAUCCCGCGAGAUUUAGUUGGCGGCCACAUUCAGAAGCUUCGACGAAUGGACUCUUUAGUUCACAUCUUCUACGAGAUCAGCGGUACUGCUGGUGCAUUUUGCACUGCACUCGCACUCAUUCCUCACUUUGGGAACAACUUCAGCUUCAUCAUCACUCCCAUCUUCUUCGCCGCGGCAUCGAUACUCUGGUACUUCAUCCAAGAAGCUGGCAUACCAAAGGAGAGUAGGUCUCUGAUCUUGGAAAGCCAGCCGACUUACAUCAAAGCUGUGAUGGGUGGCUUCUACCUUUUCUUCGAGUCGAUUGGAACUGGUGCCAAGAUCAUCUUUAAACACCGCAAGUUUAUCUGGCUGUUGCCUGGAUAUGCCAUCGCACUUUACGCGCACCGAUACCUCGAGAACGCGAUCGCUCCCGCAGUAGCACGACGCUACUUUGGAAACUCAGCUUGGUCGCAGAUCAUAGUAGGAGGUUCAAACUUUGGUGAACUUCUGGGAGCCCUAUUCGUGUUCAUGUUCACGAACUUGGUGCACACUCCAAUACCAUGGCUGCGGCUAGACGCGCUGGCUUUGCUGAUAGUCUGGUACCUGCCAUUCUGGAACCCGCCGAGAAACGACGUGGCCCAAGCUUGGAUCGUAGCAGCCACGUUCCUACCCAUCAGUUUCGGGUGGGCUGCUGGCGACGUAUCGCUGGCCGCAUACAUCCAGGCGUCGCUAGCACGCAUCGAAUCGAAGACACAAAACGUAUCCGCACUCGGAGCCGUCAUGGCGUUCCUGUAUAGUACAUACAUCGUCACGUACGCGAUCGCAUCCGUUUCCCUUGGUACAUACAUCGAUCGCGUUUCGGAUCGCCACAAUGACCAAAUUCACGGGGCUAUAUUGAACGUGGCUGCGGUACAGUUCACCAUAAUUUGUGUGCUGGUCAUGACAAGUACUUUCGUACCAAAGGGCGCCUUUUCAUUCAAUCCAAAAAUGUUGAAUGAGGAGGACCUGGAUACCGAUCUGGAAGAUGAAGACUUGGAGUAUGUGCCUGGAGUUCAUGCCAAAGGCAAGCAAAGCUAUGAAAGCUAUGAAAUGGUCAGAGCCGGCGGCGUAACAACCCCCCAAGCUGACCUUCUAGCCUCAAAAUCAAACUACGAACUAAUCUCCUCUGGCCAACACCUAGAAAUGGGGUUGCACUUCAGCACCGCCAUGGCCACAGGCGUAAUGAUGAAGCGCGCCACGCACCGCGCUGCAGAACAGGCCCGCCGUGACAGGAUGAAGAAUGCCAUGGUGGACCUAGCAGAGUUCCUGCUUGACGGCGAAGUUACUUUUGGAAGUGGCACCACAUGUUUUGUUAUCAUGAGGGGCAAGGACGGCGAGGACGGCAGUGAGAAAACUUCGCCUGAUGAUGCUAGCAAUGGGAAGAGUGGGAAAGGCGUGCCACCUGGAGGUUCCGUGCCUGGAGAAAAGAAGACGGUUAAUAAAGCGAGGUUAAUUGAGAUGGCGCUGGAGAAGAUGAAGGCGCAGGAAAAAGAGAUUGAAAUGUUGAGGAAAGAGAUUGAGGAUUUGAGGACGGAAGAUAGGAUGGAUGUGUCGUAG